AUGUUAGCCCAUGUGGUUGAAGUACUACCAAGUCUUCCUUUCUGGUUAAGCGUGUUAAUAAUCACUUUGUGGCUUAUUUAUUGGAUGGGCGUUUCGAGCUAUUCUCUAAUAAGUCAUGUUGCUCUACCAGGGCCUAAACCUUGGCCUUACGUUGGCAACCUCUUAGAUGCCUUUAAGUAUGGCGGCUUGCACAAUACCUUUCUGGAGUACGACAAAAAAUACGGCAAGGUUUACAAGAUGUACCUUGGAAGAGAUCCUAUAAUAGUAGUAACAGAUCUAGAAAUGCUUAAAAGGAUUCUUGUCAAGGAUUUUGAUAAAUUCAGAAACAGGCCAGAGUUUAUAGCCGGUAAUCCACCCCUCAACAAAGGUUUGUUUGGUGCCAGAGAUGAUGCUUGGAAGCGUGCUCGUUCAAUUUUAAACCCUACAUUUAGUGCCUCCAAAUUAAAGGAGAUAGUUCCCAUUAUCGAGGAAGCAGUGGAAGUUCUCGUGUCAAAAAUGAAAACAUUUGCUCAUGAAGGUAGGGAAAGAUGCUGUUUAAAGGGUGUGUAUGCCACAAAGGGAUAUUGCUGUUUUAGGUUAAUUCCGCUGUGCUCAAUUAAGUUAUUUUUUUGUGCCUCUAACCGUACACAACAUAUUCCUAUGGAGUUAUGAAGACAAUAUCAACAAAUUUCAUCGGAGAGCACUAUCCAUAAUAAUUUUUUGGUCUUUCCCUUUCGGGCAUAGCAUUAAGACGUACAAUUAUUGAGUCAAUAUUUUCAAGUUUCAAUAUUUGUUCAUCUUUGCCAUCUGUCAGACGAUAGAAAGUUUUAAAACUUGGCAGUUACUUUUGGAAUUCAAUUAAAGGGAAGACAUGCUUUGACAGCUUUUUAAAAGGAUAACAAAUUACGGUGUGACAUAACCCCUUACGUCAUCCGGAAAUGGAACUUAACGAAUUUUUAAGAACAGCAGGACAAAAGCCGCGUUUAUAGACGGCACACUGAGUCCGACGGUAAAACUUAGACUAAUUCCAGUAUAAUUCCCUUUUCAGAACUACAUAACCAUGAUAACAUAAAGCUUUAAUAGAAAGAAAUGAAACAUUUCAAGUUCCGGAUACAUCAUCACUUUUUUCUGAUUAAUGAAAUGAUGAUGGAUACUGAAUGUAUCCGAAACAUGUCGUGGAAGCUUAAACGUUGUGAGAGUUUUUUUUUAAAAAAAAAAUGGUUAUUUUUCUGUGAUACAUACUAUUAGACUUGUUGCGUUGUUUGCCAUAUUUUUGUACUUGGCAGUCACGUGGUACACAACCCCAUGCUAGCCCCCCGGGGGGGGGGGUACUUUAGGAAUUUCUGGGUGAGGGUGUGCCGCUGGGACCCUGUGACCCUUAACCUUUACCAGAGCUAGUUCAGCUGAAUUUUGCCACCCUAUACUAGAGUAAACUCCCCAAAUCCCCCCUAUCCUAGAGUAGCUGUUUUCCAGAAACUACUGAGGUCACUAGCACAGUCUAGCCAAAACAAAACCUUAUACCACAAUCCCUAGUCUACAUAAAUCUUCAACCAACUGAUCAGUUUCCUGAAAAAUGAUCUCGGCCUUAUUCUAGACUCAAACGCUCUGAUUUAUAUACCCUAUCCUAGAGUAAACUGCUUGAAAACCAUACUCUUCACAGCGGCACAUAACUACAUAGCCCAUAUAUGGCAGACCCCCUCCCCCCCCGGGGGGGUGCUAGCCAAGCAAUGCAUCGGGUCAGGACAAUUCACGAAACGUAAACUAUUUGUUUGUUUUGUCCUGGCGGUGGGAAGUAACUUAGUAUUUUUCUUAUAGAAGCUCUAUUUGCAGUUAAUGAUGGUUAAAAAAAUGAAAGGUUUGAACUCAGGACUCAUUUCAUAAGUAGGUGGAAUCAGAGGGGGCCCACACAAUUAGCCUAUUGUUAUUUUGUAGUAAAUGUGCUGGACUUACCUUACCUUACCUUACCUUACCUUAUAUAUCGCUUAGUAUGUAUAUAUAUCACCGUUAAAUAAACGUUGAAUUACUUUACCUGUGGUAUACUGUCGAAAAUCCAUCCAAAAAACGUAAAUCCCACAGUUUUUGAACGAUCAAANGGGGGGGGGGUACUUUAGGAAUUUCUGGGUGAGGGUGUGCCGCUGGGACCCUGUGACCCUUAACCUUUACCAGAGCUAGUUCAGCUGAAUUUUGCCACCCUAUACUAGAGUAAACUCCCCAAAUCCCCCCUAUCCUAGAGUAGCUGUUUUCCAGAAACUACUGAGGUCACUAGCACAGUCUAGCCAAAACAAAACCUUAUACCACAAUCCCUAGUCUAAAUAAAAUCUGCAACCAACUGAUCAGUUUCCUGAAAAAUGAUCUCGGCCUUAUUCUAGACUCAAACGCUCUGAUUUAUAUACCCUAUCCUAGAGUAAACUGCUUGAAAACCAUACCCUUCACAGCGGCACAUAACUACAUAGCCCAUAUAUGGCAGACCCCCUCCCCCCCCGGGGGGGUGCUAGCCAAGCAAUGCAUCGGGUCAGGACAAUUCACGAAACGUAAACUAUUUGUUUGUUUUGUCCUGGCGGUGGGAAGUAACUUAGUAUUUUUCUUAUAGAAGCUCUAUUUGCAGUUAAUGAUGGUUAAAAAAAUGAAAGGUUUGAACUCAGGACUCAUUUCAUAAGUAGGUGGAAUCAGAGGGGGCCCACACAAUUAGCCUAUUGUUAUUUUGUAGUAAAUGUGCUGGACUUACCUUACCUUACCUUACCUUACCUUAUAUAUCGCUUAGUAUGUAUAUAUAUCACCGUUAAAUAAACGUUGAAUUACUUUACCUGUGGUAUACUGUCGAAAAUCCAUCCAAAAAACGUAAAUCCCACAGUUUUUGAACGAUCAAAAUGCGUAGCAAGAUUCAUACGUGCCAGCCAGAAACCAUCCCGCUGAUUGUCUCUUUUUGAUUGGAUGUCGUUAAACAGUAAACGCUUACCAAGUCUUCUUUAAACCAGUCAUUAUUGAACCAUCUGUUUAACGACAUUCAAAAAGAGGCAAUCAGUGGGAUGGUUUCUGGCUGGCACGUAUGAAUCUUGCUACGCAUUUUGACCGUUCAAAACUGUGGGAUUUUACUUUUCUUCGAUGGCUUGCUCCAGACCUUUUGGAUGGAUUUUCGAUCGGAAGGUACGAGGAGAAGCGUGAAUCUUUCGACCUUUUUGCUGCGAAGUUUGAAAGUGAGCGAUGCGAUUUUCCGGGGGAAAAUCGCUCCUGCGCUGGAGCCCUUCAAAACAACGAUUCCUCUCUUGUCCUUCUAUUAUUUAAUAGAAACACCGAAACGGCUAACUCAGAAUCCUUCAAAAUCACUCAAAAGAGCGCUUUUGAGGCAAAAGGACGACUAUAUAGCACAGGUAAGGAAAUUCAACGUAUAUUUAAUCUUGAUUUAUAGACAUACUUAGCGAUAUAUCGCCAUAGGUGAAGCAAACGAUAAAUCCGGUACAUUAACUAUAAAAUAACAAUCGGUUACAUCACACACUUUGAGUGGGCGCCCUGUGGUGGAAUAUGAUCGUCCGGCCGGCGGGUGAGAGCUGUCCUGUGACUGACGGUAGUCAUCAGCUGCUAGUAAACCAGCUUUACUAACUAGUAAGAAAAAAGCCACUAAAUUGUAGUCAGCAGUUACCGGUACCUUACAGACGACUUAUGGACGGACUCAAGCAAAACUCAGACAACGAUGGGAUGACUGGAUAAUCGACAGUUAGACAAACAAUAAACGACUAGAGUUUAAUACAGUCAAACUUCCCUUUACGAACACCUCAUUAAGACGGACAGUUUGCCUUGUUCCAGGGGAAAGAAAGCCUUUGCCCUAAAUUCAACCCGGACACUGAGGGGGCCUUAGAAAGUGUUUAACUGUACGGCAUCAACUGUUGUGAUACGACUCACUUUGACUCUGUAAAGUUGGUUGUCGAAACGCAUUCACUGUAACAACAGUUCUAUUCAGGACUUCACUCACUCGGACGAUUAUGCUCAACCUCCUUAUUUACUGCCAUGGUUAAGCAGCAAACUCUAUUUUCCAACAUUAGUAACAGAGAGCGGAUUAGAGAGAUUUAGAGCCACGUUUACGACAAAUUGGCAAAGGUCUAUUUGUACCACGUGACCAAGUUUCCCCUAAUUUUUGCCUACAGUUAAAUACUUCUAACCAAAAAUUCAUUAGUUUCACGUUAUUUUUGUCUAUAGCAAUUGCUUUGGACUGUUUUUAGCUGCGCUUUUUCUAUUUUCAGAAAUUCCCAACUUGAAUCUGACGUUUGCCGUUUGUCCUAACCGUGAUUCUGAGUAAUCUAAUUCUUUCUUUUCUAAUUCGCUCUUUUAAGAGUAACGUUUACGGCAAACGUGAACCUAAUUUUCCAUUUACUUGUCCAUCACAUCUUCAGAAAUGUAAUCGCUUUCACUCUAGCCUUAUCCAUAAGGAUUGUUUUGGACUGUUUUUAUCUGCUCAUUUGCGUGAUUGANAGGGGGCCUUAGAAAGUGUUUAACUGUACGGCAUCAACUGUUGUGAUACGACUCACUUUGACUCUGUAAAGUUGGUUGUCGAAACGCAUUCACUGUAACAACAGUUCUAUUCAGGACUUCACUCACUCGGACGAUUAUGCUCAACCUCCUUAUUUACUGCCAUGGUUAAGCAGCAAACUCUGUUUUCCAACAUUAGUAACAGAGAGCGGAUUAGAGAGAUUUAGAGCCACGUUUACGACAAAUUGGCAAAGGUCUAUUUGUACCACGUGACCAAGUUUCCCCUAAUUUUUGCCUACAGUUAAAUACUUCUAACCAAAAAUUCAUUAGUUUCACGUUAUUUUUGUCUAUAGCAAUUGCUUUGGACUGUUUUUAGCUGCGCUUUUUCUAUUUUCAGAAAUUCCCAACUUGAAUCUGACGUUUGCCGUUUGUCCUAACCGUGAUUCUGAGUAAUCUAAUUCUUUCUUUUCUAAUUCGCUCUUUUAAGAGUAACGUUUACGGCAAACGUGAACCUAAUUUUCCAUUUACUUGUCCAUCACAUCUUCAGAAAUGUAAUCGCUUUCACUCUAGCCUUAUCCAUAAGGAUUGUUUUGGACUGUUUUUAUCUGCUCAUUUGCGUGAUUGAGAAAUUCUCAACUUGAACCUGACCGGUUUGCUGUUUGCCCGUGAUUCUGAGUCCCUCUAAGAUGUCUCAGUCAUAACUAAGGGCAAGUACAAUCAAGAAAUGAAUUAUAUUUCUUUCAUCCUAUUCCAGAAAAGAGUGUGGAAGUUACCAAGCCUUUUGGUGAAUUCAGUUUAGAUUGUAUUCUCUCUGCUGGCUUUGGUCUCAAAACAGAUAUGCAAACCAACCCAGAUCCGGUACUGGUGGAGAAGGCUUUAACUGUGUUUUACGUACCAGUCUACAUACGGGCACUGACCAUGUUUCCGUUCUUUCGCCUGGUGAGGAAGAUCUUCCAGUUAAAUCCUAUUCAACAUGUUCCCUUUUUCGCGAACUUAGCAAAAGAGGUUAUUGAUCUUAGACGAAGUGGUUCCUGUAGUCGCAGGGAUCUGGUCCAGCUCAUGUUAGAAACAGACGAGGUCACAGGAAAAAAGAUCACUCCAUUAACAGAUGAAGAAAUCAUCGGUCAGUGCAUCGUGUUCUUUGUUGCGGGUUCAGAGACAACUGGCGCCACACUGGCAUUUGUUGCCUACUACCUCGCCCAUCAUACAGACGUACAAGAGAAGCUACUUAAAGAAAUCGAUAAUGCUGUAAAAUCGCGAGAUGGUGCAGUGUCCACAUAUGAGUUUGUUCAGAGUCUAGAAUAUCUUGAACGAGUUCUGUCUGAAGUUCUUCGACUGGCUACAGUUGGCUAUGUUAAUGUACGUGAGUGCAUGAAGACUUGUGUCAUUGAAGGCGUGGAGUUUCCUGCAGGAGUUAGCCUUUACAUACCAGCCCAUGUCAUUCAUCGCAAUCCCGAGUACUGGCCCGAGGUAAUUAAACAAUACUAGUAAUAAUCUAUGUUUACCAAGUUCGUUCUGCUGAACUAGAUCCCAGACUUUCUUUCCUCUGGCAAGUUGGCGAAGAGGUCUUCCGCCCCUGCAAAAGUUCCGGGGAUGCCGGAUGCCCUUACUGAGAUCUGACGUACCCCGGUUUGACAGUGUCCCACACAAUAUCACUCUGAUCAGAGUAGCCCACUUUAGAUAUAUUAAAGUUCUCACAUAACUCCAAGACUUUCUGGUCAUAUUUCUAUAUCUGGUUUAGUUUUCUUUGUGCCCAGGUCUCUUCUGGGAAUUGCGAAAUAACGGAGUUGUGACGAAUUUGCAAUUUUGACCCUAAAGCCUCGGAGUCAUGGUAGAAUUUUGAUAUAUUGAACGUAAGCUAUUAGGAGUGCUGACUUCUGGGUAAAACGCUUUUAGAUUAAAUCAGACGUAAUGAGAUGUGAAAAACGAAAAGAAGGUAAGAUGAGAGAGGAUCGGAUAAGAUAAAUAAAUAGUGCAAAUGGCUUCAGCGUUCUGUUGGUCGGUUUGUAUGAGUAGUCUAACUUCUCCGUCGCGCUGCCUCGUUCAUGAAGGAAAGGAUAUGCAGUAUAAACUAAAACAAAUAUAAAACAAACUCUUUUAUUUCUUGCAGCCAGAGAAGUUCGAUCCAGACCGCUUUCAUCCAGAAGAGGUGAAGAAGCGCCCAGCUUUCUCAUAUUUGCCUUUUGGACUGGGACCUAAACAGUGCAUUGGAAUGAGAAUGGCUGAAUUGGAGCUUAAAAUCGCCCUGGUGGAAAUUCUGCAGAAAAUAAAGUUUGAGAAGAGAGUAGAUACCACUGAAAAAUUGGAAUUCCGUGCAGCAACCAUCUUGCAGCCACGCGAUGGCGUUUAUGUCAAAGUUGUGGCACGAUCACAAAACAAAAACAUUGACACUUAAUCAAAGUUGUUAGCUUAAAUGUAAUACCUUGUUCACGAUACCCGCCUCUUUGCACGCGAGCUAGGAUUGAUGGGAUAAACGCAAUGUCACGUGGUAUUUCACGGGGCAAAAAAAUGAUCAAAUAUUGCCAAGUAAUUGCGGUCGAAUUUGUGUACACUCUCAGAACAAGAGACGACGAUUUGAGCAGUCCAACAGUCCAUCAGUCCAUGCUGGGCGAAUGCAACGAUGGUGUGUAUCAUGAAUAAGGUCUAUUCGAUUCAAUGUGAAAUGUGGACGCACCAAUUUGUAGUAAUAUACUUAUUUUAUUUUUAUUUUUUUUU